AUGGCGACCGCCUUAGAGAAACGGCUGCAGACCAUUCUCGAUAAACGACAGCAAAGCUCGAAACUGAGAACGCUAAAGCGAACUCCAUCAGCCUCAAUCGACUUCUCUUCCAACGACUUCCUCUCACUAUCAACGAAUGCUGCUUUCCGCCAGGACUUCCUCGACAGACUCAACAGCUAUGAUCUUGGAGUGGGCUCAACGGGAUCGAGACUGCUAGAUGGCAACUCAGGCCUCGCCGAACAGCUUGAACAAGACAUCACCGCCUUCCAUGGCGCCGAGUCAGCACUGCUCACCAAUUCGGGCUUUGAUGCCAAUGUCAGCAUUUUCACAUGUCUACCGCAGCCAGGCGAUGUGGUAAUCUAUGACGAGCUCAUCCACGCCAGCGUUCAUGACGGUAUGCGAGCUGGCCGAGCGAAGCAGUGUAUUGCGUUCAGGCACAACGAUGUUCAGCACUUGGCGGAGGUAGUAGAAGCUGUGUUGCCGAUAUCAUCUACCAACAACAUUUUCGUGGCAGUCGAAUCUGUGUACAGCAUGGAAGGUGAUCUGGCGCCAUUGACAGAGAUCUGUGACCUACUGGACGCUGCUGUACCGAAGGGCCGAGCGCAUCUGAUCGUCGAUGAGGCACACUCGACCGGUUGCUACGGGGAUAACGGAGCUGGACGAGUGUCUGAGCUGGGCCUGCAGAAUCGUGUUGGCAUUCGAUUGCACACCUUCGGCAAAGCCCUGGCUUGCAAUGGCGCAGCUAUAUUGUGCUCACCAAUCAUGCGCCUGUACCUCAUCAAUUAUGCUCGACCACUCAUCUUUACCACUUUUAUGUCGUUCCCGUCACUGGUUGCCAUUCGCACCGCGUACGACUGGAUGAUCAACGGCCGGACGAACAACUUGUCACAGAACCUGCAAUAUCUUAUUCGCUACCUCUUCGACCGACUACAGUCGCUUGCCGAUUCAGCAUCUCGGCUCGAGGAUCCAAGCAUGCUAGUUUUGCCCCAGACGUGCCCAGACUCGCCCAUCUUCGCACUUCUCAGCACUGUCCCGAGAGACCUUGCUUCGCAUUGCCAGUCACUGGGGUUUGUGGUCAGACCUGUCGUACCACCGACUGUGCCCGAGAAUACCGAACGUGUGAGGGUAUGUUUACACGCGGGCAACACUACGGCGCAGAUAGAUGCUUUCGUCCUUUGCCUGAGGGACUGGAUCAAAGCGAGGUCCAAGGUGACUGCUGAAGUGAUCGAUGAGCCCCAGGCUAUGCCGAUCGUGGCGAAAUUAUGA